AUGAAAUUCUCAACUGUUGCUGCUGUCUUAGCCAUUUCUUCAUUCGCUGCCGCCGGUAAAGGUCCAAAAGAUGACUCUACUCCAACCACCGUCACCACCUACGUUACCCAAACCACUCAUCGUUACGGUAGAUUCAACAAGACUUCUAGAGAAAAGGAAGCUAAAGAAACCGGUACCCACCGUUACGGUAGAUUCAACAAAACCAAGAAAGUCCACACCUCAACUGUUUUAGUCAGCCAUGAAUCCGAAAUCCCAACCCAAAACAAAGCUGUUGUCUACAACAAAGACACCAACUCUUCUUCCAACAGCACCAGCUCCACUGCUAACGGUGCCAUGACUGUUGGUACCAGCUUGGGUUUCGCCGGUGCCAUUGCCGUCGGUGUUGCUUUGGUUUUGUAA